CUUCAAGGAAAGCUUGUAGUUUCCACACUUCUUGUCGUCGAUAUAUCGAGCACUUAAAGGCGUCAAUCAUGGUAUCCUGGUUGACUUGCGUCCUUUUACCUGUGAGCAUUUUGCUGUCCAUGCUGACACCCUCCGUCUCUAACAGCUGUUCUUCUGGAGUACCAGGCUUGCCUGGAGCUCAUGGUGCCAAUGGAAAGGAUGGAUCUAAAGGAGAAAAGGGAGAUCCAGGUGAAGCCACCCAGCCACUAAAGGGCGCUAAAGGUGAGAUGGGUAUUCUUGGACGUCCGGGUAGACCCGGCCCAAUGGGGGGUGAAGGAGAACUAGGACCGCCAGGACCAAGGGGUCCGAAAGGUCUGAAAGGAGCUUUUCCAGAAAUCCCAAAAGAAAGGCGGUCAGUUUUCUCAUAUAAAAGGAGUCCGAGUGAAAGGACCAACAUUUUCCAGAACAGAAUUGUUGAAUUCGAUAGCUCGUUUUCUCCUGAGAUGGACGACUCACUGACCAGAGGCCUUUUCAAAGCAAGACUGGCGGGUUUGUACUAUUUCGUAUACCACGUGUCUGCUGCCCAGACGGCCUGCCUGUGCAUCAAAAAGAAGGGGGAGACGGUGCUAAACCUCUGUGAUCUCUCUCAUGGAGUUCUGGUAACUUCAGGCUCUGUGGUGCUGGAACUGAAGGAGCUGGAUACCGUGGGGGUGUACGUGUGCUACAAAGACAGCAAGAUCAUUAGCAGAGAUACUGACAGCGUCUUCACUGGUUUCCUUCUCUUCCCCUCAUAACUGUUGAGUUAAAUGGUUUCAUGGUUCCUUUUUUUCUUCCAGUAAAGUUUUCUUAAAUCAUGUUUUAUCACAAUAACCAUCAAUAAAAUAACAAACAAA